AUGGAUAAGAUCGUCUCGCAGUACACGCGGUCGUCGCACCAGAAUGAGUUCUAUUCGGAGCAAGAGCAGCAGGAACUCACAGAGGCUCUUCCCCCGAUCUCUCUGAACUUCAAGCUCCCCCCUCUCGAUAACCCCUCUGGCUUCCUUCGUGCCAUGACCGAUGACCACUCAAAUCCCAACUGCCCGAUUAAGCUCGCUCACGGAACGACGACGCUGGCUUUCCGGUUCCAAGGCGGAAUUAUCGUCGCAACCGAUUCAAGAGCGUCCGCUGGUGACUGGAUCGCCAGUCAGACGGUGAAGAAGGUCAUUCCCGUUUCGCGGUUGAGUCGUGGUGAGGACAAGCCGACGGAUAAGCCGACGCCUGGUUUGUUGGGUACGAUGGCUGGUGGUGCUGCUGAUUGCCAAUACUGGUUGAGAUAUUUGAGUCAGCAGUGCACACUUCAUGAAAUCAGACACAAGCGUCGUAUCACAGUUGCGGCUGCUUCGAAGAUUUUGGCCAAUUUGACAUACGCCUACAAGGGCUAUGGUCUGAGCAUGGGAACCAUGUUGGCGGGUAUGACUCCCCAAGAAGGCCCCGCCCUCUACUACAUCGACUCCGACGGCACACGACUCCCCGGUAACUUGUUCUGUGUCGGAUCCGGUCAGACCUUUGCCUACGGUGUGCUCGACGCCGAAUACCGUUACGACUUGACUGAGGAGGAGGCUCUCGAGCUUGGACGGAGAAGUAUCCUUGCCGCGACGCAUCGUGAUGCCUUCUCUGGUGGUCACAUUAACCUGUACCAUGUCAAGGAAGAGGGCUGGGUCCACCACGGAUUCGACGAUAUGAACCCUAUCUUCUGGAAGACGAAGUUGGAGAAGGGCGAGUUCUCGAAUGUCACGUCGGAGUUGUAG